CCGCGGGCGGCGCCGCGGCUCUUGGCCUCAGGGCCCCUCCCUCCCUCGCGCUUGCCUGCCGCGGGCGCACGCGGAGGUGGCGGCGGCGAGCGCACGAGAAGGGGAGCUCGGAGCUGGAGGUGAGGUGGCGGUGGCGGAGCAAGAGUAGGUUGAGGAGGAGGCCAGCGGCCAGGAGAAGGAGGAGGAUGGAGGAGCAGCCGAAGGAGGGCGAGGCCGAGGUCGCGGAACACUGGUUCUCCAAGUGGGAGCGCCAGUGCCUGGCCGAGGCCGAGCAGGAAGAGCAGCUGCCCCCGGAGCUGCAGGACGAGGCGACCGCUGAAGCUGCGGGGCUCAAGAGCGAGCAGCAGAGGCUGUGGCAUCUCUUCCAGAUCUCGGCCACCGCCGUGGCCCAGCUCUACAAGGACUCGGGGUGCCCACAGCCGGAACUCUCCAUGUGGGACCCCUUCCAGAGUGCCGCCAUGGCCGUGACCAGCCUCUACAAAGAGAGCGGGGAUGCCCACCAACGAAGUUUUGACCUGGGCGUCCAGGUUGGCUACCAGCGUCGCAUCAAAGAUGUGCUGGAGUGGGUGAAGAAGGGCCGGAGCAUCAUUCUCCGAGAAGACCUGAUUAGCUUCCUGUGUGGCAAAGCGCCCCCAGCUCGUCCUCCACCUCGCUCCUCCAGGAUGCCCGCGAAGCCGCCCGCCGGGAACCCCAGCCAGGCCACGACCACCGAAUCCAGCUCCUCGGUGGACGUCGACUUGCAGCCCUUCCACGAGGCCAUCGCCCUGCACGGCCUCAGUGGCGCCAUGGCGAACAUCAGCGUGCGAUCUGGCGCACCUGACUCCCCUUCUCAAGCCAGUGACAUUGCCAGCGGUGUCACUAGUGGCGGGCUCCGAAAAAGUAGCAUCCUCGAGGACGACUUGAACCCCAACAACUCAGAAGAACUGGCCCUCCACCUGGACAGUGGGGGGACCCGCAAACGCACCUCGGCCCAGUUCGGUGGUGGCGUCACAGACUCCCCAACCCAUAAGCGCAACCGAUUGGUCUAAAAUGCCGUUGGUCACCCGCCGCCAUAUUGCUUGAAAGCUAACGAACUUUUAACUUGCUUGUCGAAAGGAGACUCGAGGCCAUCUCUUCUUUCUUUAAGUUAAACGAAGAUUUCUAUCGAGUUUGCCAUAAUGAAACUUGAACAGUAUUUCAGAGAGGCCUCAUAUGACUCUUACUUUCCCAAAAAUAAAAUGCUGGCAGAGAGCAGCUAGCUAGCAAGAUCAUUUAAAGCAGCAGUGUCCAGUCAGGGCG